UGCUGCAAAAGUAGACUACCAGAAUUUUAACAGUAUAUAAUGGUGCUGUUAUACUGUUUCAACUAGUGAGGAUCUUGUUGUUCAUUCUGUAUAGCAAGGCCUCUACCGAACAAACAAUGGCAUCUCAUCUCUGAAAACAUCGACAUCCGUCCAAUAACUCUCCACCAGAAUCACAUUGCAUCAACAGAUAUUCUUGUUUUGACUAACCACUCCCUGAAAAGCAACACUAUCGUGAAUUUCCUGCCUUGCUCUUCCUAUGGCCUCUCCAGGGAAGAACAGCCCCCUGCAGCAAACCACCGAAAACAGCGAUAUAUUAGACCUCACACAUCCAACCUCUGAACAGCAGAUCCAACGCGACAAGAAGAUUGCCUCCAUCGCGGACCUCCACUCGCAAACCGCUCAGCUUGAAGCUCAAAUCGCAGAGACCAAAGCGAAGUUGAAACAUGAUCCCUCAACUACGGUGAAACGCCAUAUUCGUCUGCUCCACGAGUACAAUGAGAUCAAGGACAUCGGACAGGGUCUGAUGGGUCUCAUAGCUGACGCGCGUGGGAUGCGACAGGUCGAUGUGCAGAGGGAGUUUGGGGUGGGGGAUCGAGAUUGACAAUGUCUCCUGAUACUAUAGAUGGACAUGAUGUCUGGGAUUCUGCUGGCAGAUUUCCGACAGGCUGUUUUGUGAUGCAUCUUGUUCUUCGUUCCCCUUAUGUGGAUAUGCCUCAAAUUAAAGAACAUGAUAAGUUCGAAGUCGUGUUCAAUUAGGAGAAGAGUGCGACGCAAGAUUCUGUCCUAUCGCCCACCCAAGUAGAAGUGAUACCCAGUCAACUCCAAUGAUAGCUCUAUAAUAAGCGCUUUAAGUAACGAAGAUGAGGAUUAGGUACAAUGACGAGGACAAUCAAGCUGGAAGAUUUUACAGGAGAAUCAUAGACACAUAAGCGGGGUGGUAUAUCCACAGUAUUUUCAGCACCAAGAACGACAUGAUUGAGCAGGGAGGAGGAAGAUAUUAAAAAAGAUUUGUACGACAUGAGAAGAAGGGGAAAGGGAUGAUUAAUGAGUCUUUCCGAGACUCUGCAGAUUGACCAGCUCGUAAUACCGACCCUUGUUU